CGAACACAUCGCUUACCUGUUCUUUGAGCAUUGAUUGGAUGAACAGAACCCGGAAAUUUCAUGGGCCGGGCUAUCUUUAACACCCACGUGGCCCACCAUUUCGAUGGAGUAGUGUAAUUUCAUAUUUAUUUCAAGAACAAAAUUUAAAAAGACGUUACUCAUGUCCCUCGGUCGAGAAACAGAAACAGAAAUACAUCCCGGUUUCAACACUUUCGGGACCUGAAAGAAGAACACACCCGUCUGGUUCGAUCCCCAAAUAGAGACCAAAAAAUGUGUGAUUUAAGUCUUGUUGUGAUUUUAAUUCUAGGAUUAAUGUCAAUAACAGCAGAAUCUAUGCGGUUCGAUCUGCAAUCGGGGCAAACAAAGUGCAUUUCGGAGGACAUAAAGAGCAAUGCCAUGACCGUCGGCAAGUACAGCAUCGUCAAUCCAAGCGAAGGAAACCCUCUGCCGGAGACGCACAGACUCACUACCAGGGUGACUUCCCCAUAUGGGAACAAUCAUCACCAUGGGAAUCUUGUGGAAACAGGAAAUUUUGCGUUUACAGCUGCAGAGGCUGGUGAUUACACCGCUUGUUUUUGGGCACCUGACCAUAAGCCUCCGGCAACAGUCACAAUUGAUUUUGAUUGGAGAUAUGGUCUGCAUGCUAAGGAUUGGUCUAAUGUUGCUAAGAAAGGCCAAAUUGAAGGAAUGGAACUUGAGUUGAAGAAAUUGUAUGACACGGUACUUUCCAUUCAUGAUGAGAUGUUUUAUCUCCGCGAGAGGGAGGUAGAAAUGCAAGAACUUAAUAGAUCAACAAACACCAAAAUGGCUGGCCUGAGUUUCCUUUCACUCAUGAUUUGUUUGUCAGUUGCGGGUUUGCAACUAUGGCAUCUGAAGACAUUCUUCCAGAGGAAAAAGCUGCUCUAGUUUUGCUUUAACAAAAUUUCCGGAAUUUAAGUUCCCACAUCUAGUUUUCUGUUUGGCACGAAACAUCUUCAAUUUUCUGUGUUAAUACCAGAGUUUAGCAUUCAAUGUACGAAUUGAUUGCUGUUGGCAUAAACAAGAAUCUUA